UCCAACAUGGAGGCAAAACCAGCGAAUGUGACCUUAAAAACCACAAUGGGUAACAUCUCUGUUGAAUUAUAUUGGAGGCAUGCACCAAGAACUUGCAAAAAUUUUGCGGAAUUGGCACGUAGAGGUUAUUACAACAAUUGUAGAUUUCACAGAGUGAUUAAGGAUUUUAUGAUACAAGGCGGUGAUCCAACUGGAACAGGAAGAGGCGGUGCUUCCAUAUAUGGACCUACAUUUGAAGAUGAACUGACGAGGGAACUAAAACACACAGGGGCAGGGAUACUUUCAAUGGCAAACAGUGGUCCUAAUACAAAUGGUAGUCAGUUCUUUAUAACAUUAGCACCAACUCAAUGGCUUGAUGGAAAACAUAGCAUAUUUGGUCGUGUCUGUGAAGGUAUGGAAGUUGUCAAACGCAUUGGUUUAGUAGCAACAGGUGAUGAUGAUAGGCCAGUGGAAAAUGUAUUUAUCAUAAACACCAUGGCAUAAAUGCUAAGCUCACAACCUUUAUAUAUGAUCAAAACCAUCAUGGUCCAAGGCAAGUGCAAUCUGGAGAAAUGCUGAGGCCACUGAAUUUAGACCAAUUGAGUAUUGCUCUAAAAGAUUGAGAUAGAAUUAUGAUGUCUUGAAGAUAAGUUGUUGAUCAUAAAACUUUCAUACCUUUAGUACAGAUGCCAUGAUAAAUAUUGCUGUUACUCUUUGUAGUCUCUAGUAAGGUACCUGUCAUGAUUGUUUCAAAACAUCCUCCCCCGGGUAAAAUAUAAGGUUUAAUCAGUAAUUGCUUCAAAGACCUUAAAACUCCUGGACAUACUAGUUUUAAUUCGUCAAGACUGUGUUCAUCUGGCCCACACAACAAUAGUGUCGAAAUCUUUGGUUUUGUUUCUGGAUGAGAAAUCAUAUUGAGAUAUCUAAAAAUACAAACUGAUUUAAUAUUUAUGGCUGGAUUUGGGAACAACAUAAUUGUUUUAUUUUACCUUUUCUUCUGUAUUGUCAAUAAUUUGAUUUCCUUCAAUGAUCCAUAACUAUCCUCACUAAUUUUAGCCAAGCAUGAACUGAUCAAUUUGGCUCCAGUAAGUUUUUGCAUGGCUUCAAUAUGAAAUAUUGUCAAUCUUUCAACAAAAUAUAAGUUAUGAGAAGUUA